AUGAAUAACCGAAAGGAAGAUAUGGAGAUUGCCUCCCAUUACCGUCAUCUGCUUUGUGAGCUCAAUGAGCAGAGACAGCAUGGCAUCCUCUGUGAUAUUUGCAUUAUAGUGGAGGGGAAGAUCUUUAAGGCUCACAAAAAUGUUCUGCUCGGGAGCAGCCGCUACUUCAAGACUCUUUACUGCCAGGUGCAGAAGACAUUUGACCAGGCCACAGUCACUCAUUUAGACAUUGUAACUGCACAGGGCUUUAAAGCCAUCAUUGACUUCAUGUAUUCUGCACACUUAGCUUUGACGAGCAGAAAUGUCAUUGAGGUGAUGUCAGCUGCUAGCUAUCUUCAAAUGAUUGAUAUUGUACAAGCUUGUCACAAUUUCAUAAAAGCAGCUCUUGACAUAAGUAUAAAGUCUGAUGCCUCAGAUGAUCUUGUUGAUUAUGAACUUGGGGCCGCUUCCAGCAGUAGUACAGAUGCUUUGAUUUCAGCAGUGGUGGCUGGUAGGAGUAUUUCUCCAUGGUUAGCUCGACGAACAAGUCCAGCAAACUCUUCUGGAGAUUCGGCCAUUGCUAGCUGUCAUGAAGGAGGGAGCAGUUAUGGAAAAGAGGAUCAGGAACCAAAAACAGAUAGCCACGAUGACAUUUCAUCCCAGUCUCUUUGGUCCAGUGACAUGGGCUAUGGGUCUUUGCGUAUCAAAGAGGAGCAAAUUUCACCAUCUCACUAUGGAGGGAAUGAAUUGCGUUCUGCCAAGGAUAGUGCAAUACAGAACAGUUUCUCAGAACAAGGAGCAGGGGAUGGCUGGCAACCCACUGGACGCAGAAAGAAUAGAAAAAAUAAAGAAACUGUGCGUCAUAUUACACAGCAAGUAGAGACUGACAGCCGGGCAAGCUCUCCAGUGCCAUCUUUUUUAUCUGCCUCAGGAUGGCCAUACAACAGUCGAGACUCCAGUUCUAGUCUCAGCUAUACCACUAACCUGUUUUGUGAACUAGGGUAA